AUGCCUGUUGGCAAACGUACAACAAAGGUUGUGUCCUAUAACGAACAAGAUGAUGAUGAUGACUUUAUUAUCGUUAGUGAUAAUAGUAAAAAAAAUCGUAAUAUUAAAUCAAAUCAUAUUUCGACAGAAUCGAAAUCUAUGACUAAACAACAACCACGAAAACACGAGGAAAAAUUACCGAAAUCUGAGCAAGAACAAGUCAAAAUGAUACCUCAACAGCCAAAAGAAUCUCCUGAAAAAAAUCUAAUCAUUAUAGAUGAUAAAGAAAAUACAAAUAGUCAAUCAACAAUAUCCAGUAAUGAUACUAAAACAUCAUCGGAAAAUCUAACUGAUGUUGAUGAUCAAGAUGAAAAUUUAUCACCUAAAAGUAAACGUAUGAAACAUGAAGAAGAAGAUGAUGUCUAUGAAAAUGAAUCCAAGAAUGAGAAUGAAGAAGAACUUGACGAAGAAGAUGAAACGUCUAAUAAAAUAUCAAUUUCCAAAACAGAAGAAAUAAUCAAGAAGACUGAAAUGGCAAUCAUAUCAUCAAUGGAUCUUAAUAAAUCAGCAACUGAUUAUCAAAAUCUUUCAACUCGAACGUCAGAUCUUUCAAAGAAACGUUCAUCGGCUCCAUUAGGUUUUCCUACUAGUAAGAUAAAUAUUCCAUCACAGCAUGUGUUUCGUGUUGGUUUAUCACGUAAAUCAUCAACCAUUAAACCUCUUCACCCUAAUUUCAAUUCACGUAUUGUUCAUGAAUAA